CGAUUGUUAUGUUCACGACCACUGAGAGAAUCAUGCGAGAAAGAGCACGGCCCUAUGACUAAAAACAACCUGACAGCUCAUCUCAAAUGGCUGUUGCAGCAAGGUCCUGCACUCUACCCCUCUCUGGUUUCGUCCGAGCACGAGUAUCAAAACAACACCGCUAGUACCCGGAGCGCUCUCCCCGUCUCCGCAGUCGCGACAUUGCCUACCUCAACUACCCAGACAGAUGGCCCAUUAGCAAUAGGUGACUCGCAACCUACUCGUGGUGCGGCAGGCAUAAACAGUUUUAGCGAUGAUGUGGAGAUAGACUCCGAUUCGGAAGAAAUGGCACGCCUAGCACUUACUCCGGGGUCUGGGCGCAAACCGCGGAUGCUCUGCCUCUCUCAGCAGCCUCUCAAGAGAACUCCAAACUCGUCAAAGCAUGGCCGAGCUGCAGAGGCACUGGCUCCAGAGCUUGACGCUGCGCCCAAGUCAAUCAAAGCAUCACAGAGUGUCCCUCCCUCCUCAGUCCGCAGUCCGAAAAAGACAUCCGUGACGCCUUUCAGCUCGAAACAAAAGUUCGAACUUCAAUCGCCAAUCUCCGACUUCGAUGUGGAUACGAUUGACUUGACUGGGGAUGUCGACCCAAUUGCCUUUUCGUCAAGCACCGCUGACGGCUUCAGUGAGCCCAAGCAGCUAUGGAGUGAAAAGGCUGCAGCUCGGGGAAGCUCUCCCGAGAAGCGUGGGAAGAAGCGAAAAAGUGAUGAUUAUAUGUCGGAUCUUCUCUCGCCGAGGAAGUCGGCUGCCCCUAAAGCGCGCUCACCAUUGAAGGUUGCUCGAACUGCGGAACAUCUUCAGCCUGCUUCAUCACCUUCCCCACCUAAGCGAUUGUCACAGCAUGCGAUGGAUCGUUCUGAAAGCACGCCUUCUCGAACCUUGAGUCAAGUCAUUGCUGACUCCGAUGAAGAUGGUGACGACGCGCUAUUCGACGACUGGGAAGCUAAGGAUAAUAUUGGUCCGGACCCCGACGAGUCCCUGUAUCCGAUAUUGCCAAAAGUUGACGCUCCGGACACCAACUCCCCUGAGCGUAUUGCUCGGAAACCAAUAUAUGCCAACUCCUCAUCUGGUAAAACAGAAGUUGUUCCUUCCACCUCACGGAACUUUGCCAGCUCGCAACACCCGUCGCACAUACCCGCAACUGCGGAUUCAUCACCAUCUGUGACCCUUGACAAAGAUGUAGCAAGGUUUCUGUCUUCCUCUGCAGCUUCAAUCGAAGGGCUGAUUUCGACAUUUAAAGAUACCCUCACUAAGAACUCCGAGGUUGUGUAUGAGCGAGCAAUGAAGGGAGAACCGGCACCGGAAUUGAUUGUCGAGAACAAAUCCCUUACCGAAAAGAUUGAGGCUGUUGGGGUCUUGAAACAGAACAGGGCUGCCUACUUUUCAUGUGACACAAAGAGGCAGUCCUUGAAAAAGACGCUGAUGAAGGCCAUUUCCCUAGGUGGUGAUCCGCACGCGAUGCCAGAACUUGCAGAAAGCCGGCAAUUGACCGCCCAACUAGAGAGAAUAGAAGCUGAUAUGCAGCGUACGCUGAAACGGACUGACAUUCUAUCGUUUCUUGACUCGCUGCACGAUGGUACUUCUAGAAUUGGUCUCGAACAGUCAACUUCAUUCUCGCAUUCACCUCUUGCCACGUCUUCAAUAGAUCAUGUUCAAACCAGUAUCACGAAAGCCCCUGGGGAAUCAGUUUUGAAACCAUCAUCGCGAUCGACAAUAGACUACAACGGCGCGCGUUCCGACAUCUCCACACGUGUGUCUAAUCCCCCGCCCAAGCCUAUUAACGAAACAUCGAGACGCGGAAUCUUUGAUUACGACGAUUCGGCAAUGUUGACCGACGAAGAUGCGUUCACGAGAACGAUGGGAUCUCCAACCGUUGCCACAGAGAUCAUGGAUGAGUUUGAUCUGGACGACGAGGACAUGCUAGAAGCUGCGGAAUAUUUCGAAGAUCGCCCUGCACAUUCCCGCGAACGAUUCGAGCUCCAGAAUCGCAAGGUCUUUGCUGAAACCUCAGGGAAUACUCCGCGUCUUCCGGCGUCGCAGAAGCAACAAAGCCAGAACACCCUCUGGACACAGCAUGCAUGGUCGAAAGAUGUGAAAGCUGCGUUGAGGGAUCGCUUCGGGCUUCAAGGGUUUCGUCUCAAUCAGCUCGAGGCAAUCGAUGCUACACUUAGUGGCAAAGAUGUGUUCGUAUUAAUGCCCACGGGAGGCGGCAAGUCUCUGUGUUAUCAACUACCUUCUGUGGUUUCGAGCGGAACGACAAGAGGCGUCACCAUCGUGAUAUCACCGCUUCUGAGUCUGAUGCAAGACCAAGUUUCACAUCUCAAGAAACUUGGCAUAAAGGCAUAUGUCCUGAAUGGCGAAACGAAGAAAGACGAGCGCCAGUGGGUACUAGGCGUCCUGUCUGACUUGAGGCCCGAGAGCGAAAUUGAGCUGCUUUACAUCACUCCUGAGAUGGUCAACAAAAGCCAAGCCAUUGUUCGCAGUCUAGAGCAGCUCAGGAAAAAUCGCAGGCUUGCACGUAUCGUCAUCGACGAGGCCCACUGUGUCAGUCAAUGGGGACAUGACUUUCGUCCUGAUUAUAAAGAACUUGGCGAACUCAGAACUCGACUCCCCGGAGUUCCGAUGAUGGCGUUGACAGCCACAGCAACUGAAAAUGUCAAACUCGACGUUAUCCACAACUUGCAAAUGGAUGGAUGCGAAGUAUUGAUCCAGAGCUUCAACAGACCGAACUUGUCCUAUGAGGUGCGGAAUAAGCAAAAGGGAUCUGAGCUCCUGUCCAGCAUGGCUGAUAUCAUAAACACUUCAUACCGCCACAAGUCAGGGAUCGUAUAUUGUCUUGCGCGCACUACAUGUGAAACUGUCGCUGAAAAGCUUCGCAAAGACUUUGGAAUCAAAGCCGCUCAUUAUCACGCUGGCAUGAGUACCGAAGAUCGCGCUGAGGUCCAACAAGCCUGGCAAGCUGGAAGGACGCACGUCAUUGUUGCCACCAUCGCUUUUGGGAUGGGUAUCGAUAAACCUGAUGUACGCUUUGUGAUACAUCAUAGCAUUCCGAAGAGCUUGGAAGGCUACUAUCAGGAAACUGGACGGGCCGGCCGGGAUGGCAAGCGGUCUGGUUGCUACUUGUUCUAUACCUACAAAGAUACUACGAGUCUCUUCCGCAUGAUCGAGAAUAGCGAUGGAAACAAGCAACAGAAGGACAGACAACGCCUUAUGUUACGCAUGGUCGUACAGUAUUGCGAGAACCAGACCGACUGCAGACGUGUGCAAAUCCUCGGCUAUUUUAACGAAAAGUUUCGUCGACAGGAUUGCAACGCUUCUUGCGACAACUGCAAGUCCGACUCUGUUACUGAACUUCAUGAUUUUUCCCACCACGCCGCUUCUGUGAUAAAACUCGUUCGUUACUUCCAGGAGUUAGGAGACAAAGUUACCAUGUCUUAUUGCGAGAACAUGUUCAGAGGAACCGUGAAGAAGUUUAGGUCGCCGCAACACCGCAAGGCCCCUGGCUAUGGAGAUGGAAAGGGCGUAGCGGUGGGCGAAGCUGAACGGUUGUUCCACACCCUGCUCAGAGAGGGAGCUUUGAAAGAGGACAAUGUGAUCAAUGGUAGCAAAUUUGUUAUCCAGUACAUCAAGCUGGGGUCGCGUGCGACUGAUUACGAGAAUGGUCGAGUUAAACUGAAGCUUGAUGUGCGAGUCUCACCGAGUGCGAAGGGUGGACGAUCUACACGAGGGUCUAGAGCUGGUGCGAGCAAGGAGAACGCACCUCAAUCUACGAAUGUCUCAUCACCUGUACAGGCAGCUAAUCAGCGCCGACUCGCCCGUUUCCAAUAUCAAGGGCCCGGCGAUGACACCACCGACGAUGACAGUGACAGUGAUGGGUUCGAGAAAAUUCGUGUUGCUGGCAGGUCGCGCCCGGAUAAGAAGCGCACUCCCGGCCCACCAAUCACUCAAGAUCGUCGGUUUGAUCGGCUUGACCCUCUUCACAAGGCAGUUGCGGAAGAUUUCAUGGUCUACGCGAAAAAUUAUUGCCAAGAUUUGGUUCUUCAGAAAGGUUUACGCAACCAACCAUUCACUGAUACUAUCUUGCGUGAGAUGGUCAUCGUCUUUCCCAAAGACCUCGCAGAACUUGCCGCAAUCCCAGGAAUUGACCCGGACAAAGUCAUUCGCUACGGCCCUCAAUUGUUGAAACUUGUCAGGGAUACACAGCGCCGAUAUGAUGAGUUGAAAAAGGAACGUGAUGAUGCGGAUGGUGUUGUGCCCGACCCGAAUCAUCACAAUGUUAUCUACCUCAAUAGCAGUGAUGAUGAGGAUGAGUUCAGCGACGGUGGAUUCUUCGCAGACCAUGCGUCUAACUUCGAUAUGGACGAGAGCGUCGUUUCUAGCAAGUUCUUCUCAACACAGCAAAGCGGCCAUUCUCCUGAAGAAUCUCGAAAUGGUGGCGAAGGGUCUGGCAAAGGCAAACCACGAAAACGCCAACCAAGCAAGCGUCCACGUCGCUAUAAUACAGGAGCGAAAGCCAAAACGAGAACGGCGGCGACUCGGAAGAAGUCCAGUGAUCGUGCCGAAAACCGCUCUUCUUCUGCUCGAAAACCUUCCAAGCCGAAGCAAGCACCGAGCCGUAUUGGGAUGAUGCCUAUCUGAGAUCUUUUUUCCGCGUACAUCUGGGAUUUAGCGACUGAUGACAGCUUUAUGAUAUAUGAGCGGUGGUGUAAUUGUUGUUCAAUUGCGAUUAGUGCAUGUAUAGGCGUUACUUUUGGGAGCCUCGUGAGCAUUAACAUGGUCAGUGUAAUAGGCGCAUAUGGUCCUUCGAUUAUAGUACUAUAUAGAACCUGCGGAACAAUGCGACCGCCACUGGGACUGGACAAAUGCAGAAAGUCUAUAGGGUGCGUCCAAAGUCAAUCAAUCGC